AGGUAGCAUUCCACGUUUUCCAUGUGCCCUCCAACCGAGGAAGUGAAAGUGUCCGACGGCAAUCGGGUUUUCGUCGAGAAGUCAUCUUAUCGCUUUGUCAAUGCCCCAUCGGGCACUGUCUUCACCUGCUGGACGGCCUUGUCCAAAACUAUGAUCGGCACGGGAAUGCUGGCUUUGGCCUACGGCUUCUCCCAGUGUGGUUGGCUGCUUGGCUUCGUCCUACUUAUCCUCUCCGCCAUGGGAGCAUCAUUUACACUGCAUCUUCUGAACAUACUAGCAAUGAGGUCGCCAACCCGACACGUGUCCUUCUUCACUAUUGCUGAGGCGUGUGCUCCUUGGUCCCGAUGGAUUGUUGACGUUGCAAUUGCUGUUAAAUGUAUGGGUGUUGGUAUUUCCUACAUACAAGUGUCUGGUGACACCAUUUCAUACGCCAUUGGUGUGUGGACAAACAACGCUAUCGAUAAAGACCUACUACGUGCUAUCGUCAUUCUCGGUGUUCUCUGCCUGGUCUCCCCAGUAUGCUUCGCUAGGAGUAUCUCUAAGACAGUUAUCAUCAACAUCCUAGGGCUACUCGCUAUCGCCUAUGUUGUUGUCCUUGCGAUCGCCCUCGCUAAUCUCGAUAGUGGGGCGGUGACACGUGUGGGUUUACCUCCUACAGCGACUUUUUCGUCGGUCUUUUCUGUCAUUCCGACGUUUAUUUUCGCAUUCACGUGUCACCAGAACAUACUCCUCUGUGCGGAAGAUUUGAGAGCUCGUACACAACAUAAGCUGGACAUUAUAGCUGUUGCUUCUGAGGCUGCAGCACUCGUGCUAUUCGUACCAGCUAUAAUUUUUCCCUACCUUACUUUUGGUGAGAGCACCAAGUCUAAUUUCGUCCUCAACUAUGACGUAGCCAACAACAUUGCUGUUCAAGUCGGAUAUCUCCUCCUGGGAGUUGCCGAGGCGGCUGCUUACCCUCUACAACUCUUCCCUGCUCGUAAGUCCCUCUCUGUUUUAUUGACUCGAGCGAAGUCCGUCAGCCCGAGGGCCGAGUUCUGGCUCAGGGUUUCCCUCACGAGCUUCGUUCUUGUCGUAACUGCUGCGAUUGCUGUUACGGUAAAAAGUUUAGGAGUGACCUUGUCAUUCGUAGGGAUAGUGGGUUCGAAUACCAUCUGUUUUAUCAUGCCAACUUUCUUUUACUGUAUCACAAUGUACGAAAAAGGCGCAAGGAAGCCCUUCAAGUGGAUCUUAUCGGUCCUCGUUUUCAGCGUCACUGUGGCCUUAUUGCCCAUAAGCCUGUCGGCUGUGAUAAUCAGCCUUUUUUAAUAAACAAUUUUAUAGUAAAUGAGCACCUAUAUGUUAUGAGGAGCUCGACUGUAUACUUACUCG